AUGGUGUACAAGAUGAACUGCACUGCGGUGCGGCAGGCUGCUGCUGCGAGAACCAAUCCCGUCACCCCUGUCUUCAAGAUGAAGAAAACAAGAGAGGAGUUUCAACGAGCCCGGGAGCUGCUAAAGGAAAAGGAGUUAGUUUCAGAAGAUGAUCAGACAGACCAAGUGUUGAUGAGCGACGAGGUAUUAGUGUAUGCUCACGACAUGCUCAGGGACACGUCCUUGGCCGAGCCCACCAUACUAGACCACGACGGGUUCGACUUAUUCAUGAAGACGGACGUGCCAAUAAACCCUGAGUGUUCGAUGUCCGAGGAAGACGAAUAUGUGCUGCUUGACGAUGAGGAACAAACUAGUCGGCGCUCCGACCUUCCUGCCUAUGUCGUCAGUCACCCUUGGCACAUUGUCGACUAUCAUUUGUAUCUUUGCUCCGCAGAAAGAGGUCAGACGCAGGAGGCUCGACGUGAAGGCAUGUAUGUCCUCCAUGGCUUCGAAUGUCAUCCUCUCUCCUACGAAGAAUUUGCCGAGGACCGCAGUCUGAUGUCGCAAUGCUUUCCCGGAGACAUGCCACAGCUCAUCUUCGGACUGCUGCCCAUAGCCGAUCGACGGCACUAUGCGGAUCGGAACCCUUCCUUUGACGGCCGACACUAUGUGCUGGGGUUCGACUAUGACUGCAAGACCCUGUAUGCUCGUCAUUUCGACUGGUUCACUCACGACCUCGGUGACAUCUGGUGUAUUUGGGAAGAAGGCGUCAACGUGUACACAGUCACCGUCCCAGACCUCAUGCACAUCCUGGAUACAAGCCUCGACAAAGGUGAGAUGCACGUGGGCAUGGGCAUUCUCAGCUCAAGUGAAUACUGCCUGGCCAUGACUUAUGACGACGAUCCCGGGCUCGAGAUCAUCAUCGCUACCCUGUGGUGCCAGUGGCUGCUGGACUUUAGCGACAUUCUCUUCAAGCCGGAAACGGGAUCUCUCUCAGAGUUCCAGCAGAAGCUCCGCUCUCACGUCGACCAAGGUCGUUUGAUUCUCCAGAGAGCUUCGUACAGAGCAUGGUUCGCUGUGCGAGAUGGCUACUCCAAGGAACAGUACAAGGUCAAGACAACCAUUAACCAGUACACCAACGACCUUUACACCUUUGAGAAGUCCACCGAAGAUGGUAGCCUGAAGGGACGGCUAUGGGCAGCUCCUGGUAUUGAAACCUGUAACCAGCUCCGCUUAAACCACCGCAUGCAAAGAAGGAAAGAAUCUGAGCAACGUUUGGAGGACCUCUUUGUCCUCCCAGAGUCUGACAACGUCGAGAGCCAGGAGACUGUUCUCCAGGGUAUUUUAGCAAAGACCCAGCAGAGCCCCAUGAAGUUCAGCGCAGUCGCCUCGGUCAGUGUCCCUCGAACCCCUUCACCCAAGACGCAAUACACCACUUUUUCGCCGCUUUCAGAACAAUUCUUUAGCCCUGGCUCUCCUGGAAUUGUCACCCCUGCGACAGAGCCGUACGGCGAGUUCGAAAUCACUGAACACCAUCAGGUACCCCUUCCUGUGCUUUUGGAUCGUGCCGCUGAGCUGGUGCAGGCGCAUCCAGAGCUAGACACUUUUGCAAAUCGUGACCGAGUUGGAGAUCUUUUGACUGGUAUGGGUGCUGCGGCUCAACGACCUGCCUCGGGAUAUGGCAUUCGUCCUUGGAAAGUGGAAGAGAUAUUGGAGCAGGACAGUCCGACUUGUCGUUUUUUACCGAGCCCUACCUUUGCAUAG